AUGAUGGGCAGCAAUGUGUGUCUUUGGUUAUCGUUUAUUUUUAUCGCAACCGACACGGGUUCGUUCGCGGUGACGGCUCUCAAGCGUGGUCAGUGCCGUUGCUGGAACUCGUCGGAGGAAGCGGUCGGUGAGGUGCAGUGCCGGUGCUUGGGUCAGUCGAUCGCGCGCGUCCCACAGAAGCUGACCAGUAUGCAGCGGCUUACCCUGGAAAAGGUCGGCGUCAAGCGACUACGCACAAAUGCCUUGACGGUGUACGCCGACACGCUGCAGGACCUGCUGCUCGUGUACCUGAAGGAGUUCCAUCGGAUUGAACCGGCCGCCUUCGCUCGGUUGCGCCACCUUCGGACACUGUACAUUGCGCACGCACCGAAGCUGGAGUUUCUACCGGCGGACGUGUUCGAAGGCAUCUCAACAAAACUCAAGACACUACGGAUUAUACACAGCGGACUGCUGGCGGUGCCGGAUUUACGCGUCCUGUCCGACCACAUAAUAAUGCACAUGGUGGACUUUGAUGGCAAUCAGAUCCGCGAGGUCUAUGAGAGAUCCAUACAUUUGAAGACUGACGAGUUGAUUCUCGAUAACAACGCCCUCACACAGAUUCACGGCUCCGCGUUUUACGGAUCGGAAAUUGCGAAACUGAGUCUGAAGCAGAAUUUUAGACUAAAAGAUAUCCACAAGUCGGCCUUCGUUGGAAUUGGCAACAUUAGAGAGCUCGAUCUUUCGGGGACGGCGUUGGAAGAGUUGCCCACCGAAGGACUUUCGGAGCUCGAGGAGCUACGCAUACAGAACGCACACUCACUCAAAACCAUUCCAUCUGUGUACAAGUUUCAGAGUUUGCGGACCGCGUACUUGACCCACUCGUUCCAUUGCUGUGCGUUCAAGUUUCCCGCCCGCCACGAUCCCGAUGCGCACGAGCAGAAUCUCAAGAAGUUCUACGAUGUUCAGGAGGAGUGCAUCGCCAAAGGGUACGCGACGCCGCACAUGAAACUUGAGCCAACGUCGACCGCGAGUGUGGAACCGCCUGCGGCUGCGAACGGUUACCCGGGCCCGGAAAGGACUGCCACAUUGCCGAGACGGCGUCGCCGUUCGCUAAACUUUCGCAGCUGGUUCCGGCUGACGGGUAACGAUGACGAUGACGAGACUGACGAUGAUGGAGAGCGUGGCAGUCACCUGGCGUCGAUCCUUACGAAAGGCAUCGAACUGUCCGAGAAGCAAAUGGGCGAGAUUGUGGAUAACUACGGGCAGCCCAUCACGGGGCAGUCGAUUCCGGAAGACGGCGGUGGCCACCUGUUGAUUGAUGGCAACGAAAUGUACACGGAAAACCCACUGCCGGGCGUGUUCCACAAUACGGUGGCCGAGAUUUCGUCGAUGGAAGCACUCUGCGGCAAUCUGACACCGAUGACUUUCGACGUGAAGUGCUACCCGAUGCCGGAUGCACUGAAUCCCUGCGAGGAUGUGAUGGGUUCGCACUGGUUGCGCGGCUCGGUCUGGGUGGUGGUCCUGUUGGCCGUCUUUGGAAACGUGGCCGUCGUCGUAGUGCUGUUCUCCAAUCGCAGCGAUCUGACAGUGCCCAAGUUUCUGAUCUGUCACCUGGCGUUCGCUGACCUGUGCAUGGGCAUGUACCUGCUGCUGAUUGCCUCGAUCGAUGCGCACUCCAUGGGCGAGUACUUCAACUACGCCUUCGACUGGCAGUACGGCGUCGGGUGUAAGGUGUCCGGCUUUCUGACGGUGUUUGCCAGCCACCUGUCGGUGUUUACGCUAACGAUCGUCACCCUGGAGCGCUGGUUCGCCAUCACGCACGCGAUGUAUCUGAACCGGCGCAUCAAGCUGUCGGCGGCCACCUACAUCAUGCUGGUCGGCUGGCUCUAUUCCAUCGCCAUGGCCGCGAUGCCCCUGUUCGGCAUCAGCAACUACUCGUCCACCUCGAUCUGCCUGCCGAUGGAGGCCCGUGACAGCUGGGACAUCGCUUACCUCCUCACGGUGCUCGUGGUUAAUGGCUGCGGAUUCAUCGUGAUCGUCGUCUGCUAUGCACAGAUUUAUCUAUCGCUGGGCAAGGAAACGCGACAGGCUGCCCGGUCGGCUCACAGUGGCGAGAUGACGGUCGCCAAGAAGAUGGCUCUGCUUGUGUUCACCAACUUUGCGUGCUGGGCUCCGAUCGCUUUCUUCGGCCUGACCGCCAUCGCCGGCUAUCCGCUCAUCGGUGUGAGCAAGUCGAAGAUCCUGCUCGUGUUCUUCUAUCCGCUCAACUCGUGUGCCAACCCUUACCUCUACGCGAUCCUCACGGUACAGUACCGGAAGGAUCUAUUUUCGCUGCUCGCAAACUACGGUCUCUGCACUCAGCGGGCCGCACAGUACAAAAUGACCUAUUCGAUGCCAACGAACACAUUCCAGGUUGCGCCGGGGCGCGGAUCCGUGAACUACAACAACAGCGCAAACGGUACCAUCACUUCUGCGGUCGGAAUGGCCGGGUUGAUUAGCAACACCGAUACGAUCACGACGACCAUCACCAGCGGCAGUCUGAUGUUUGGCAUCGGACCCGGUACCACCGGUAAUGGGCGAGACUGUGGUCGCGAGGCAGCUGAUAACAACGGCCUUCCGGUGAACUCGAACGCACACGGUACGAUAGCGGUAGCCACGGCGGGUGAACAGGAACAGGAAACGUUCCUUUAA